AUGUCCCUGAAAGCAGAUGAAAUGAGCCGAGAUACAAAUGAAUCUAGCGGAUCUCGACCCUCGGCUACGGGACAUGACAAGACUCAGUACAUGCUUGUUGAAUACGUCGAAGACCUGGAUAGAUACUGCCCCGGGGGGUAUCAUCCUUUACAAAUCGGUGACGACCUAAAUGACGGCCGAUAUCGACUGGUUGACAAGCUUGGAUACGGAGGAUACUCGACUAUAUGGCUAGCCCGUGAUCUACAACGGGCUAGAUACGUGGCAGUGAAGGCGAUUACCGCCGAUGCCAGUCCUUGUACACCUGAGGCCAGUCUUAUGCAUUCUCUUGGGAACUCACCGUCUACACCGGGUGGAGAAAUUAUUCCACCCCUCCUCGACGAAUUCUGGGUUACUGGCCCUAAUGGGAAACAUAAGUGCAUCGUUACCCCACCCGCGCAGAUGAGUUUGUUCGAUGCUAGAGAGGCUUCAACUUUCGGUCUUUUCCAGCCUAAGGUUGCGCAGUCAAUUAUCGCCCAGAUCAUUCGUGGAGUGGCCUUCCUGCAUAGCAACGACAUUGUACACGGCGACCUUCAUCUGGGUAAUAUUCUAGUCCAGUUUCCUGAAUCCAUCGAUAGUUAUUCUACGUUAGAACUAUACGAUAAAUUUGGAGAGCCAGAGUUAGAAGCCGUUGUUCGUCUCGAUGGCAUUCCAUUAUCAAAUGCAAUACCUACACAUGUCUUUAUUCCUGGCUGGUUUGGCGUUCGCAGCGAUGAAAUUGCUCUUGGAAAGGAAAAUAUCGUUCUUAGCGACUUUGGUGAAUCUUUCAACCCUUAUAAAAUUCCCAAGUUUUUUUCGAAGUCUCUUCCUCUCCUUCAGCCACCCGAGGCCCGAUUCUCUGAUGAGCCCCUCUCCUUUGCCUCGGACAUUUGGACACUUGCCUGUACUAUUUGGGAGAUAAUUGGCCAGCGACCUUUAUUCGACGCUUUCUGGGCAACCGCUGAUCGUGUCACCGCGGAGCAAGUCGAAGUUCUUGGCCUCUUACCUGCCGAGUGGUGGAAGAAUUGGCAUAAAAGGCUCGAAUGGUUUAACGAAGAGGGAGAACUUGAUGGGACAUCUAGGGGCCAUGAUAGCGUGCAUAGGACCUGGGACAUGAGGUUUGACUACAGCAUACAGAAGCCUCGGGCCGAGGCGGGCCUGGAGAUCGUGACGGAGAGGGAAAGGAGGGCAUUUGAGGCGAUGCUUCGCCCAAUGCUGACCUUCCGGCCCGGGGAAAGAGCGACGGCACAACAGGCAUUGCACUCGGAAUGGAUGAAAGGUUGGGGUCAACCAGCUCUUGAAGAGAGUCGGAGUAUAUUUCAUUCCGUGAAGGGAUAA